AUGAAAAAUGAAUUUGAUGCUUUACUGAAUAACCAUAAUUGGGACUUGCUCCAAAUGAUCCUUCUAAGAAUGUUGUUUCGUGUAAGUGGCUUUUCAGGAUUAAGAGAAAAUCCAGUGGUCCAACCCACCAUUGUGCGAAUCAUACUUGAUGUUGCUCUUCGUUUUCACUGGCCUCUUCCUCAGCUCAAGGUCAACAAUGCAUUUCUUCAAUUUGACCUUGAAGAAGAGGUCUACAUGACGCAACCUCCGGGUUAUGCUUGUGGUAAUAAUCCGAAUCAUAUUUGUAAGUUGCGCAAGGCAAAUUAUGGCUUAAAGCAAGCACCUCGGGCUUGGUAUAAUGCACUCAAAGGCCAUCUUUCCUACGUGGGAUUUGUCAAGACUGAAUCUGACAACUCCUUAUUCACUCGGCAUAGCAACACUGGUUUCAUAUUUAUUUUGGUAUAUGUUGAUGAUAUCAUAGUUACUGGUAGCAACUGUAUCACUGUAAAUGAGUUUAUGCAAUCACCAUCUGAUCUUCAUUGGAAAUCUGUGAAACGUGUUCUCAGAUACCUUCGUGGUACAAUUCAGUUUUACCUGCAUGUGUACCCGAACAUUGAUUUUAAUCUGCACAUGUAUUCUGAUGCCGAAUGGUCUGGAGAUCUGACUGACAGAUCCUCCGUGUCUGGAUAUAUUCUAUUCCUUGACCAAAAUCCUAUCAGUUGGUCUUCAAAAAAGCAUAAAACCGUCGCUCGCUCAUCAACUGAAGCCGGAUAUAGUGUUUUGGCCAAUGCUCUUGCCGAACUAUUGUGGGUGAGAAACAUACUGCUUGAUAUGCGGCUUCCUAUCAGAGAUACCCCUACAAUCUACUGUGACAACAUUGGUGUCACAUAUCUAAGCGGGAAUCUGGGCCUUCAUAGUCGCAUGAAGCAUGCCGAUGUGGACUUUCAUUUGUGCGCAACCAUGUUGAAUGCAAGGCGGUUCGAGUUGUUCAUGUUCAUUCAGCUAACCAACUAG